CUAAUUCAAACUUUUGGAUGGCCUUGAAACCCUAGUGGCUGCGGACGUAUACAGCAGUUAUUCAUAAAGGCUUCUCACGUUUGCUUUAAGGGUUAAUGUUUUUGCACUGAGUUUCGCAUAAUCCACACGAUAAAAGAAUGAUUUUGUUUCAAAUAUUCCUGCUUAUCCAUGUGAUAUCGUUAUCAUGUCACAUCGUAACGUAAUAAGAUCUUAUUUCUUUUUAGCGAUAAUAUAGUCUAAAUACAGGCUGAUCAUAUUUAAGAUAACCGGUUUGUGACUCAGGGGCUUAGUUCAUUUAUUCAUGUGCCUAUUGUACAUUUAUUAUUGUUAUUUAUAAAUACCUAAUAAAGUAUAGCUUAUAUCGUUUCGUAAUGUAUCCCAAUCUCCCUAUUUUGAGAGAUUCUGGGGUUCCCCCCAAAGACCAAUCGUCUCUCUCUGGAAAGGGGUGAACAUUCGGGGUUUUGUGCCAUUUACCCGAAAUUUUCUACAGCGGCUUCCCCGAAAUUGAGAGAUUCGGAUAUCGGGCAAGACGAAAAUUUAUGGACAAAUCAGUAAGGUAUAAGAUAACAGGUCUUGGAUUUCAGAGCGAAAUUCACUCAUUCAUUUGGCCAAAUAGAGUUUUGGUAUUAUAGCUAAUGUCAGUUCGUCAUGAAAACCCUAAGUCUAAUUCCUAACAUUAAUCAUCGACUGUAAAUCAUAAUUCGAAUUCCUUUCACUAAUUUAUAACCGUUAUUUGGUCCUGGUUAUUAGGUGGACAUUCUCAAGGUCAUUUUAGCGUCGUUCAAAGUCGUCCUUAUCAUCAUCAUCGCAGCCUGUUGUACAGUGAUACUGAAGUUCGCACAUAGAAAUGAGUGUUCACUCAUAUUCAUCUUUGUUUGAAUAUCUCAAAAAUGUUGGUGUUCAUAUGCUUGACGAACUGUACACUCAUCCUCCAACAUGUCUUGUCGUUUUUAGAGAAUUACCUGAACUUGCGAAACAUUUUGUCAUGCGACUUUUAUUUAUUGAACAACCAAUACCAAAAUCUAUUGUCUCUGGGUGGGUUGAAAAGGGUUCUAGUGCACUUCUAAAUGACUCAUGUAAAGCUUUGACCGAUUUGAGGAUAUGGCAUUCUACAGACAGUAAUGUUUCUCGAGGCUCUUGGUCGUUAAAUAAAAAGUAUCAAGAGUCGAUUCGGAUAUCACUGUUCGGAGGUGGAAAACCCUUACUUGGAGAUUUAGGCAUUGUGACAAACGAUAAGUAUUCAAAAACUGUUGACUUUUUAAAAUCGUAUGCAGCUGAACGUUGGGAUGCCAUACUUCACUUUAUGGUAGGUUCUGAAGCAGCGGAAGUUGGAAGUGUUGUGAAGGAUGUCCUUUUAUUGUCCAAUUUAAUGAAAUGUGAAGGUAAUGAUUGUCCAAUUGGUAUCACAAAGCAUGGGUUCCAUUUCUUGCUUAUGAGUCGACAGUUUCAAGUGCUAGUUUUCAUCCUGCACUACUUUGACUACUUAAAGGAAAAUAGUAAAAAUCUAGUUGGAGCCCUACAGUUCGUUUUCCAACUUAGUUUUUUGUGUCCGACAAAGAGCUAUCCAGUAGAGGCACUGAGUACUGCCCAACAGGAAGUAUUACAACAUAUGCGCGAACUCGGCUUAGCUUAUCAACGAAAGCGUACAGCGCCUCGUUUUUAUGUAACUCCUCUUGCUUUGGAUGUAGCUGGAGGUCAUACUACUUUCUUGGAAAGUAAAUCAGGUGGAUGGGGCCCACAAUUAGGAGUUAUUCCUACUGGUGUCUCAAAAACAGAUCCCACCGAUAGCAACAAAAUGUUUUCGCAAAUUUCAGUAUCGAAUUCUUCCGAUGUUGGUUACAUUUUGCUAGAAACCAAUUUCCGACUAUACGCCUAUACUGAUUCACCGCUUCGUACCGCUCUUCUUAGUUUAUUUAGCAAAAUACGUGCACGUUUCCCUAAUCUUGUUGUUGCUGAUAUAACUCGUGACUCAGUUCGUGAAGCAUUAAUUCGUGGAAUAACUGCAAAUCAGAUUCUAUCUUUCUUAACGACCAAUGCACAUCCAGAUAUGUUACUACAGAAUCCUAUAUUACCGCCUACUUUAACCGAUCAAAUACGACUAUGGGAAUUAGAACGAGAUAGAUUUCUAUUUCAAGAAGGCUGUCUGUAUGAACAAUUCUCUCGGAAUACAGAUUUUGAAAUGGUUCGGGAUUAUGCUAAAAAUAUUGGUGUUUUACUCUGGGAAAAUCCUGAACGAAGACUUAUGGUUGUGUCUAAAGCAGGUCAUGAAGAUGUACGGAAAUUUUGGAAACAUAAACGUCCAUCCUAAAACUUUGUCACUGUUCAAUUUUCUUUUUCUACUCCAGACUAUAUGUACAUAUAUAAUUAGACAUUUUCAUUUUUAUUCUUACAGUAUUUGUUGAAGAAUGAUUUUUCAGUAAAACUACAUGAUUUGUUAUUUUUAAACUUAAAACUAUGCUACUUCCGUUUUUUAACCAGUUUGAUGAAAUAUCUAGAGAGGUCACGCAGUAAUAAUAGUUAAAAAAAGAUACCCUAUUCAACUAUAAAUAUUCACAUACAUGGAAUAAAAUCAAAACUUGUUUAGCUUACUUGUUUACUUUCGUCACAGUGUUUGUCCUCUUAUUUUAGGAAGUUCUUAUCGAAAUAAGGUUUAGUAAGCUUCCAUUAUUGGAUUCGUGCGACUAAGUUUUGGUAUAUAAAUAUAUGAUCUUCCGCAGUCGAUGUACAUAAUUUUUACUAUAAAGAUUUUUAUUCCAGAAACUAUUACGACGAAUGCAUUAAUUCUAUUUCAGUAAUUAUAAUUCAAUUUGUAAAACAAUCAGUGAAGUUAAAACUUCUGAUGGACAAAGUAAAUUCUUUAAAUCUACUAACUAAUAAAAGUUUCUUACCAGUGAGUGACUACGCAACUGAACUUCAACACUAUUAUUGAAUAAUUACUAAAUCCAAUUAAAAGACGUUGUUUACAACUUUUUGGAUAUUCAUUAAAAUCAAAUAGCAGUUGACACUUGUUCUACCGAAACUCUUGACUUCAUAGUUAAUCAAAUCUUUGUUUUUAAUUAAAUUUACACAGAGAUGUAUUUAAAUAUAGCUUUCUAACUGCAUACUGUGUUUUCCUACCCUUUAGUAGAUUAUAUUCGAAUGAUUCAAAAAUAAUUCUAACGUACUCAAGUUUAAAAACUCAAUUUCCACAGUUGAAAUCUCGAGUUGACUAAAUCUAGACCACCAUUGAAAACCUGGA